CAUCUGUGGGCGUGCCCAGAUGUGGUGCAAAUGCGAUUAACGCCUUGGAUCUAGUUCGGCAGUAACUCGCGACAUGGGCAAGGCACAGAGAGACAAGACGCAUUAAGGUCCACCAUCGCGCCGUUCCGACCGUGUUUCCCCUGCUCCUUCUUGGACUUUCACAAGCAUCGUCAGGGACGGUAUUUGUCAUACCUAGAUAGGAAGACCUGACAGACAUCAUUUGCCCCUGCAAAGGCCCGCCCGGGAUCGAGAUUCACCAUGCCGACCUACCUCUGUCACGGCUUUCGCUGGCAGCGGCGGAGUGUGCGGGUCUAUGUGAUAUUGCACAACCUCGACGACGCAUCCCCGGAGUGGAUAAUCCCCGCCAAAAGCUCCCAGUGCAUCCUCAAGUCUUUCUAUGAGGUCUUCGAAUUCCUCCCCUACUGCAGCCCAAAAAGGGGCCGUUACACUCCCACCCGGGAACUCGAUAGCGGCGACGGGGACGAUGAGGACGACGGCCGCGUCCCCAGCGCCUCCAGCGCCUCCACCAAAGCCCGCAGCCAGAGUCGCGGUCGUGGCCGCUCUCAGAGUCAGAGCACGCAGCAGAGCCGUAGUCAGAGCCGCGCAAACUAUCAACAGCCAUUACCCCCCUUACCCACGACCACCGACGAAUCCAGCAGCGCCUCCAUCUCUGCCGAAGACGACUUCAGCGCCCAAUCUUGGUCCGCCAUCAAGCUCCUCGAGGAAUACGACCCGAACGACCUGACUGCCGUCUCACGACCCUACGCCUACGUGGCCGACUAUGCCGUGCGCAUCGACCUGUCCUGUUCUAUCAUCGACGAGAUCGCAAAGUACGAGCAGAAACAGCUUCAGAGCGCCCACCCUGCCGUAUCCAUCCCAUCCGGGGAUACCCCACCCCAAAGCCAGGGAUGGUUCGAGGGCCUUCGUGAUGAACUACAGCACGGCGAAGAAAUACGCUGGUAUGUCGUCGUUAAUAAUGAUGAAGUCCGCGAUUGGGCGGAUGAAGGGUCCGAAAGCACAUCUUCCUCUGGGCCACCGGAGCGUGGAUAUCAGCAUCAGCCGGACCAAACAUAUCAACCAUCACAUCAACAACAACAACAACAACAACAACCCUCUCAACAUCAGUCCCAAUAUCAAUCCCAGCAACAACCACCGCCAGGUCGCCCGAUCCCAUCUCGAGAGCAGAGGCAGCACCAUGCACAGUAUAUCCACCAGCAGCAUAUUUUCGAGGGAAGCGAUCAGGAAAAGGACCAAGUGCCGGAGAAAGCACAAAAAAUAGGAUCGAACGGUCAGGAGCAGAAACGGGGCGGGCAGCAGCAGCAAUUGGUGUUUGGCGAAAGCGACCAACAACGGAAACACGACGAAGAAAAGCGACAGCAGCAGUUGCUUUUACAGAAACGAGAGCAGCAACGGAAACAAGAGGAAGAAAAGCGGCAGCAGCAGUUGAACUUGGAACAGAGCCAACGGCAGCGGGAACGGGAGCAGGAGGAAGAGGAGCAGAGGCUAGCUUGGAGGGAACUAGAGCUGAAAAAGGCACGCCAACGAGAACGGGAGCGGCAGCGACAGCGGGAGAGGGAGAAAGAGCUGGAACGGGAACGAGAACGAGCACUGGAACGGGAACGCAAGAGGGAAGGUGAGGAGCGCCGACAGAGAGAUCAAAUACCACCACCACACACGAAUGGGACGGACAUCAACGGACAACCGCCGAUGGUACCAGAAAAGGAUUUCUUCUUCCCCCGUCCGCCGACCGCAAAGCCAAAUGCGAAUACCCAAACAAAUGCACCACCACUCCGACCGAAAAUAUCCAUCGAUUUUGGGAGACCAAAAACACCAGGAGGGAAGGGCGGCGGGCUGAGGAGGUUAUUUUCGAGGGCGAAAAUCCAAGUAGAUGGAGGGGUUUCGCCUUGAGGGGAGGACAUAUUCAUCCUUGAGAUCCCCUCAGUCGGAGAUCAGCAGUCAACAGACGCCAUGAACCACUUGUAACACCGCAUUAGGCACCGGCCAUUGAUACCCUAUCAUCACAAAGAAUAUUCACGCACCAUUUUCCCAUUCGCUAUGAGUGAUUCUGUGCCGGAUAGGACGACCAACAUGAUUCCGUGUCAUCGUCCCUCAUUGGCAGCCCCCACUGAUCCCCAGAGGUUGUCAUGUCCCAAAAAGCCAGACGCCGACCAUCCAUAAAA